AUGGGCUCCAUAUUUUCCUCUGCGCCGUCACUCUUCUUCCUUGGUAUUCUCUGGCUAUGCGCUAUUGAUUGUGCGCUUGGAGAGGAAACCUCUUUUUACAAAUCGAGACCCGACAUAUACCCGCCCGUCUUCAAUGUCGAAAAGUCCGAUCCAGACAAGCUCAGCCCGGGCUACAUCUUCAUCACACCAUACGAACUCGAGAAUCCCGGCCCGUACAUUUACGAUAACACAGGGGAAUUAGUAUGGAGUGGCUGGGGUGUUUCGGGGCCGGGCAACGCCCAUGGCCUCCACGUGUGCAAAUAUAACGGCGCCGAUCACCUAUGUUUCUUCCAGGGCAACCAGCAAAAAGGAUACUGCCGCGGACAUGGUAUCAUCAUGGAUAAAAACUACCGAGUUGUGCGAUCUGUUCUACCGGGUGGAGGAAUGGCCUCGAGCGACAUGCACGAAUUCCGUCUCGUCAACGAUGGCAAAACCGCCCUCAUGACCAUUUACCAGCAACGGCAAUUCGAUAUGACACCGUGGAAUGUCAAAACUGGCGUGGGGUGGCUCAUGGAGAGUGUUUUCCAGGAGAUCGAUGUGGAGACCAACAAGGUCCUGUUUGAAUGGCGGUCUCUAGAUCAUGUUGAUCCAUCGUCGAGCUAUACAUGGCCGUCUCAUACGGAUACUUCUGGAACGGGCUUGAACGUGCAUGAGCCUUGGGAUUACUUCCACUUAAACUCCGUUGACAAAAAUGCUGCCGGUGACUAUCUGAUUUCGUCGCGGCAUACUUCUGCCAUCUACAAGAUCUCCGGUAAGGACGGCUCAGUGAUGUGGCGGCUUCACGGCGCGCAGCCCUCUUUCCGGAAUAUCAAUUUUAGCUUUUCGCAGCAGCACGACGCCCGGUGGUUGUAUGAGAAUGCUACGCAUACGAUUCUCUCACUCUACAACAAUGGUUAUAACGGCUUCAACAAGACCCAUACCUAUUCAGCGGGCAUGAUCGUCAUGGUUGACCACGCGGAAAAAACGGCCACCCAGCUCCGCGAUUACGCCCCAAUUCAAAACGACCUAGUGAGCUCCAGCCAGGGAAACCUGCAGGUGCUCCCCAACAAAAACGCCUUCAUCGGAUGGGGAAAUAACCCGUUCGUAUCCGAACACGACGAGGCGGGAAAUCUACUUUUCUGGGGCUCUUUCGCCAAAGACACUGUGAUGAACUACCGCGCCAUGAAGUUUGAAUGGGACGGUGUACCAACAGACUCACCUGCCCUAUGGACAUACUCCCGAAGCGCGGAACCAUUAUCUUCAACCAGCUUCUAUGUCAGUUGGAACGGCGCAACCCACGUCAACACGUGGCGAUUUUGGGGAGCGAUGAACAUGACCGGACCUUGGACCUUGCUGGACGAGGUUUCCAAAACCGGCUUUGAGACUGAGUACACCAGCGCCAGGUUCUUCCUUUGGUGUAAGGUCGAAGCAGUGAAUCGCGAGGGCAUCGUGCUGGGAAAGUCCGAGACCAAGUAUACCUUCGUGCCCUCGUCCGAGCUGCGCGAAUUCUGUGCCGACUCUACCUGCUUGGAUGCACAGGGAUAUGGGUCCCCCGGCGAAGAGGCAGCCCGUCCUCUCAUUCCGCCGGUAGGUGUCAACACUGUGCCGUGGAUUGACCCCAACAACCCGGGCUCCAAUAUUUGGACACAUCCCUCGGGAUAUCCACGUCCUUCUGGUACUCCAAAGUACUCGGAUGGGUGGAACAAUGGCCGUCUACUUGCCUGGGGCGCCGUUCUCCUCGUGGCGAUCCCCAUCUUCGCCGGAGUCUUCCUCGCACAUAGAUACUAUACCAGACAUUCGCUCAACCAACUGCGGGAUCAGGAGUCCUCUGGGUCUAUGAACGGUAUGGUUGAGCGGAAACACCCUCCCGUGCAAACCACUGAUCUGCCCUGGUGGGAUUGGCACCGGUGGAUCGGAGAGGACGAAGCAACUUCCUAUUUCUCGCUCGGUGAACGGAGUCUAUACGGCCACAGGCGUGAACGAGAGCGGGACGAAUAG